GUGAACUCGGUGAUACUAUGUCGCGUUGUGUGCGAGAUGACGAAAAUGCAGUCUCUAAAGGAUAUAUCCAACAUGAGGUAAGAGGCCCGAUAAAAUUCAUUUGACACGUUAUUAUAUUUUAAUAUCUCAAUACUCUGUUACGACUUUCAGACUUAAUUUGAAAUAACCUGUUAUUCGUUUCAUUACAUUUCUGUUUUCUUUCAUUUGUUUGUUUGUUUAUUUAUUUUUUGUUUAACAGCAAUGUUUUUGCGUGUUUCUUUUUUCCUUCUGCGUAAUUUAAAAGUUACAAAAAUUCCUCAAAAUAUUCGAAUUUCUUAUCCUUGUUGUUUCACGCUUUUCAUUCUAACCAUGUCUGUCCAUCCAUGACGUUAUAAGUUUCUCCACGUAGUUCUAUGUUAUAAUGUCUAACACGUGACUUUCCUUCUUUUAGGCAGGGCCUGAGAGCAUGCGUAGUUUUGCUUCCUCUUCUGGGACUGACUUGGGUGUUUGGUAUUCUAAGCGUCACGGAUGCUGGACUCGUAUUUCAGUACAUCUUUACAAUCCUUAACUCAUUACAGGUAAAAAAGACGUUUCUCAGUCGAAUGUGUUCAAGGAUACGGCGCAAAUAGGAGCAUUAAAGAAAGGUCUCUCCCUUUCCUUUCCUUGAAUUCAUAGAUAAAAAAUAGCUUUAAUUUAAGCGGUCUCCGGCCAAAAUACAUUGUAGAUAGUGAAAGAGACUCUUUCGCAAAUGGCUUUUAAGACCAAGUUGCACGGUAAGGUCGCGUACGAUUUCUUGACUUCAAACAAACAUAAGGCGUUAAUGAGUUAUUUGGGUUGGGCUGAUAAAAUGCGGUUUGUUAACCAGCAUGAGCAGCUUAACUCUGUUUUUGUGACCGACGAACGGACUCCGGCAGGAGCAAAGCUAGAUUUAAAAUUGAUAUAAAAGGAUAAGAUACCACGCAUAAUUUUCAAGAGUCAGCUACAAACCAACAAAAAGGUGUGCUUGAGCGUUUGCUUGCAGUGAUCUUUAAUUUUGUUUUUGAUGGUUUAUUGUUUGUUUGUUGUUUUUCUUGUAUACCAUCGCCCAUAUUUACCUGAUUGAGAAUCAACCUCUAUAUUAAUAUUAGUUUUUACACAAAAUUCACCAGUUGUCUAUCGUUUUGCACAUUAUUUUUGCACAACUGUUAUUGUCUUUAUUGAUUUGCUGUAGGGAUUCUUCAUUUUUGUCAUUCAUGUUCUACGAAGUAAUGAAUUCCGAGCAGCAUAUCUUCGAAAAAAGCAAAAAUGGCAAACAAGGAACAGCAGCCUUCCAAAUUCUCGCUCAGCUAGAGACGCCUCAUCCGUCUUUUCAGAAGGACAUGGCAUGAGCACAGUCCAAGGCACAACAGGGAGUCCCGACCCACUGUUUAGACGUCAUCAGGUGUCACCAAUGAGCUCGGAUAUUACAAAGACUAGAGAAAGCUGCCUCACGCCAGUUGCAAUUGAUUAA